AUUUGAGAGCUAUAGCUAGCUCAUAUCCCUUCCUUUUAAAUGACCUCACAACUCAUCAAAAUUUGUAGCAAAAGAAAAGGCAAUUACUUGCACCAAAGAGAUAGAAAGAGAAAACACAAAAAAGAAAAAAUUAUGGUUUCUAGGGAGCAAAAGAGAGCAGCACUGCAUGAGAAGCUGCAACUUCUUCGUUCUGUUACUAACUCUCAUGCUCUAAAUGAUACCUCGAUCGUAAUCGAUGCAUCGAAGUAUAUCGAAAAUCUAAAGGAAAAGGUUGAAAGAUUGAAUGAAGAAAUAGCAUCUGCAGAAAGUUCAAGUGUUCAUAACCCAUUGCCAAUGGUUACGGUGGAAACCCUAGAAAAAGGAUUUCUUAUAAACGUUUUUUCAGCAAAAAGCAGUCAGGGUAUGCUUGUUUCAAUACUUGAAGCUAUUGAAGAGAUGAGACUUACGGUUCUAGAAGCUAGGGUUUCUUGUACAGACACUUUUCGAUUCCAAGCUGUUGGAGGAGAGAAUGAAGAACAAGGUGAGACUAUUGAUGCACAAGCUGUGAAACAAGCAGUGGGACAAGCAAUAAAAAAUUGGACUGAAAGUACCGAUCAAGUGUAAAUUGCAAUAUAUAUAUAUUUAUAUAUUGCGUUUUCUAUAUUUAUUAUUAUUUUUCUAUCAUUUUUUGCUAAGUGGCAUUUUGUUGGUUUAAGGAAUCAAGCUUUUGUGUAAGAUAGCUAGCUUCCAAAUAUUCUCCAGUUAUGCAAAAUUUAAUGAGAAUAUAUGCCGGUAAAAGGUCCAAGAGACAUGUUGAUGAGUAGAUGCAUGAUGGUUUGAUGAAGUUUAUGUGUGGAGCCAGCAUAUAAACACAAAAUCCAUUUUAUGCAUAAAAGUGUUUGGAAAAGUCUAUUUUUUCUUUAAUUCCUUCAAAUGUUUAUGACUUAAGAGGAUUUGCAA